CCUCGACACGCAUCAGCGACGCCCACCUGGCCGACACCAUGAUCGGCAAAGCUGUGGAGCACAUGUUCGAGACGGACGGCACUAAGAACGAGUGGAGGGGAAUGGUUCUGGGGGCGCCCAUCAUGAACACGUGGUUUUACAUCACGUAUGAGAGACCUGUGCUCUACAUGUAUCAGCUGCUCGAUGACUAUAAAGACGGAGAUCUGAGGAUCAUGCCAGACUCUAACGACUCGCCCCCUGCGGAGCGUGAGCCCGGAGAGGUCGUGGACAGCCUCGUGGGGAAGCAGGUGGAAUAUGCCAAAGAGGACGGCUCUAAACGAACUGGCAUGGUUAUUCAUCAGGUGGAAGCCAAGCCCUCCGUCUACUUCAUCAAGUUUGAUGACGACUUUCACAUUUACGUCUAUGACCUGGUGAAAACAUCGUAGGCAGCGAAACGCCCCGCGGGACGAGGAGAGGGGGUGGAGUUUCACGUAACCAUGUGAUUCACACAAACGUUUUUGCCAAAAGUUCUUUCAAAACAUUUCUUGUAACAUCUUCUGGAAAUGGAAUGGUGGAUUACCACUAGUCAAGUGUCUCUUAUUGUUGUAGGAUGAACGGACAUCACAUCCCCCGACAUACACGUAGCUUCAUAUUUCAGAGGUUCGUCUCGAGCAUUUCCCAUUCCUUCGUGAUUACGAAGACGCGACGUCAUGUUCACCGGGAAAAGCCC